AUGUUCGCACAGGCUUUCCUGGCGGCCACUCCCGAGCACCACUGCCGACUCUACCAGAACGACUCCUCGGGCAUGUAUGGCCACUCUUCCGGUAGACUCAAUGUCAGUAUUCCCAUGGAAAACGUGGACGGUAGGUGGAGGUUCAGCUCGUGUUUGAUGUACAACGGAACUGGUGGAACAGCAACAGGGGAUAGCCAAACAGUAACAUCGUGUAAUCACGGCUGGGAGUACGACCAGAGCAUAUAUCACAGCACUGUUGUCACAGACUACGACCUUGUGUGUGGGCGCCACUGGUUAAAGGAGCUGGGGCAGUCCAUCUUCAUGGUGGGGGUGAGCGCUGGGGGACUCAUCUCAGGAACGUCAUCGGACAGAUUUGGACGCCGUCCAACGGUUCUGGCCUGCAUCCUGCUGCAGCUGAGUUCUGGACUUGCUGCUGCCUUCACCAAAGAUUUCGUUUCCUUCAUUGUUCUCCGCCUGCUUGCCGGCGGUGCUGCCAACGGUCUCUUCUACGCCGGCUUAACUCUCGCCAUAGAAGUCAUCGGCUCGUCCAAGCGCAAUGCGGUGGGAAUGACGAUCUCGCUAAGCUGGCCCGUUGGUUCAGUAGUUCUCGGAGGUCUUGCGUACUUUCUGCGGGAUUGGUGGAGCCUUCAGCUGGCCCUGGCACUUCUAUCAGCGCCGCUGCUCUCGUACUGGUGGCUUCUUCCUGAGUCUCCGCGGUGGCUCCUGAGUAACAACCGGACCGAAGAAGCCAGAAUCAGCAUUCAGAAGGCUGCCAAGGUCAACAAGGUCACCAUUCCAGAUGAUGUCUACGAAAAACUGACAAAACCGAAGGACAAGGAACCUGGGGAAAAAUCCAAGAAGUACAGUUUGAUCGACCUGUUCCGGGGUCCUCGUCUGAGGAUGAGUACAAUAACAAUGUCCUCAGUCUGGUUUGCCAUAGUGGCUGUGUACUUCGCCUUGAUCAUUGGUUCUGCCGACCUAGCUGGUGACCCUUACCUGAACUUCGUCCUGGGCGGACUGCUGGAGAUCGGGCUGUCUCUUGUGGGUUUGGUUGCCAUGGAGAAGUGGGGAAGGAGGCCUGUGGUUGGUGGAUAUCUGUUCCUGUCAGGAGCCGCCUGUCUGGCAGUGGCAGCAACUCCAACAGAGCUACAUGAAGUUAGUCGAUAUUUGUUCUUGGUCGGUCGAUGUGCCAUUGGAGCCGCCUUCACCACUCUGGACGUGUACACCCCGGAGGUUUUCCCCACCGUCGUCAGGACGAUGGGUGUGGGCGUGGCCAACAUGUCGUCCCGUGUGGGCGGCAUCCUGUCCCCGUUCGUGUCCCUGCUGGCUGACGUGUGGCCGCCCCUCCCCAUGCUCACGUUCGGGGUUCUCAGCACUCUGGGCGGCGCCGGAGUCUUCAGUCUGCCGGAGACGUUCGGAAUCCCUCUGCCGGAUACACUUCAAGACGCCGAGAACUUGGGAAGAAAGCAACAAACAGAGUUUGACACAGCAGAAAAGAUCACCGAUCCCAAUCGCAACUGUGACCUGAGCUACAUUGGGCCUGUUGUAGUUAGUGGUCACGUGAUCUGGAGCAAUGACUUUUUCUAG